GGAUGAUGUUCUUGACCCGUUUGACUACAUCAUAAGCAAUAAUCCAAUAAGCCAUUGCUUUGAAAGUCAACUGUUACACUUUGAUGAAAAACCUACUGACCAUCUCGUGAAAGCAGAUGGUGAAAUUAUCAGGCCUCAGAUCCCGUCUCAGGCUGCCGUGAGCAGUCCAAAUGGUCAGUCUCAUUAUAUAACCUGCAUAUCACAGAAGAAGACUGUCAGCAUCAAAAACAUCCCCAUAGAAAAGCACAAAGAUAUACUUGAGAUAGUCGAAGGACUGUUGCCUUUAGACGAAGGAUAUGGAGCACCUGAGACAAAGAUAGCAACAAGUAAAAAGAAAAUUGAUGGCUGUGAAGAUGGAAAGACAGAAAUCCCUCAACUGUUUAAGAAAUUAUACGUUGAUAUGUCUAAAAAAAAUAAUUCAUGCGAUUCUGUUUAUAGGAUGAAAUGGGACAAUGGAGACAACAGCAAAUUGGCAAAUACUCCUGGUGACAGCCUCCAUCUGAGUAGUAAAUAUUUUAACAGUUAUCUACAUAGUGGAACAAAUCCUCAAAAAAGGGGUAAAAAGGCCAAGAGAUCUAUCGCCAAUGAUCACGAUUCGGUUGUGGAUGAAAGUGAGGACAAAAAAGAAGCAAACUUUUCUGAGCUUGGUCUGCCCGAGUCCACAAAACUUAACAAGUCUUUAAAUGUGAACAUCUAUCUCUACGGUUCCUCACAGCAAUCAGGCAGCACACUCCAUUCAAACUCUGGGAUUGGUCAUGCGAAAUUGAAACAGAGGAAAAAAGAUAGAGAACAAGUGCAAGGCAAAACCAAGCUUCCUGGAUCCAGAGAAUUGUCUCGCUUCCAUGAAAAAAUUUCUGACAGCUCAAGUAGGGAUGAGUUAGCACGGGAUGACUUAGACAAUCAGUCAUCAGAAAGGAGGGUUACUGCAAAGAAAUUCGACACAAAAAGUGUAGCAAGAGAAUUCAUAAAUAAUAGUAAUCUAGAUUCCCAUACCUUGACCACAUCAACUUUACAGACUAAAGAUUCUGUACACUCAAUAUCCAGGCCUACAGACUCCAAACAUGUAAAAAACAUUCAGGACUCACAUUCCAAUAGAAGUGACUUAAAAUCUUGGUCUCCUAGAGUACGACUGACUUUGACUCCAAAUAUUUACAUCCAUGGCCUCUCCCAAGGUCAUCCUCGUCCAUCAGAUAAUAGUGAUUCUGAAGAAAUGUCCAAAACUCUUGGCACUAACCUGAAACCUUUAAAAAAGAAUAGAGAUGUAGACAAAAUCAGAAGCUUGGACACAGCAGUUCAAGAUAACCCAAAAAGACUUGGCUCUCCUGUUAAUGAAGAAAAAUUGUUCAAAUCCACAUCUGAUUUAACUGGAAAACUGCUAAAGAAAUCAAAACCAGUGCUUGACCCACUUAAUGGAAACAUAAUUCGCACAUCUGAUAGCCCUGCUGUCUUGUCAGAGUCUUUGGCUUACCAGCGAAAUGUGUAUGACACAAAAACAACGAAACCUUCUACUGAAAGUCCAAUUUUUGAAAGCCAUGAUAAGUUCCUACAAUCUAAUGAAGCAAAGCAGUUGUAUAAAGCAGGCACUUCCAGCAUUAGUUCAGCAAUAGAAUCUUCUGUGAGCCCUAACAAUGAAGUGACCUCACAUUCAAACACAAUGUCUAACUCAGACGAAGCAGACACCAAACCUUUGAUCUCAGUGGAAGUACAGAAAGACAUUGUCAAAAAGUCAAAACCUUUACUCACCUUACCACCUAAUCCUUACAUUCAUGGUUUUACUUCAGUGGAAAAGUCGUUAACAAAAUCUAAACCAAAGCUAAAGACAUCUACACCCCGUGAUUCUAACACUAAACAUUCAAAAGCCUCGACCAGAACUCGUAGAAAAGAUGAAAAUAAAUCCCAGAAGUUUGCAAAAAGGAAACAGAGAAACGUUGACCGCAGGAACAGCAAAGUUCUCUCCCAGUUGAACACAGGUUUGUCACAACCCAUGGAAUCAUCACCCAAGAAGACUCAACUUAGCCUGCAAGACUUUGGUUUCUCGUCUUCAUACCAGAGAGGUGAGUACAUAGAUUCAUGGACCAACAUUGGGUAGACUAUAGAUUGAGAUUCAUGGACCAAUAUUGGGUUGGCUAUAGAUUGAGAUUUAUGGACCAACAUAGGGUAGACUAUAGAUUGAGAUCUAUGGACCAACAUUGGGUAGACUAUAGAUUGAGAUCUAUGGACCAACAUUGCGUUGGGUAGAAUAUAGACUGAGAUUAAUGGACUUAUAUUGGGUAGAGUAUAGAUUGAGAUUCAUGGACCAAUAUUGGGUUGGCUAUAGAUUGAGAUUUAUGGACCAACAUAGGGUAGACUAUAGAUUGAGAUUCAUGGACCAACAUAGGGUAGACUAUAGAUUGAGAUCUAUGGACCAACAUUGGGUAGACUAUAGAUUGAGAUUUAUGGACCAACAUAGGGUAGUCUAUAGAUUGAGAUCUAUGGACCAACAUUGGGUAGACUAUAGAUUGAGAUCUAUGGACCAAUAUUGGGUAGACUGUAGAUUGAGGUUCAUGGACCAACAUAGGGUAGACUAUAGAUUGAUAUUCAUGGACCAACAUUGGGUAGACUAUAAACUGUCCCAUAAAGCAUUUCAUUUGAAAGACCCCUUAAAUGUUGAAUUAUGUUUUAAAAAGACACUACUGCAAAAACUGGCCCAUAUCAAUUUCUGACUAAAUGUUCUAGUAUGUACAAUGAUAGAGGGAUGAUGGCAGGAACAGUUAAAGUAAUGUUGGCAUUGUGACAUUUCGGCAUUAUGCAAAAAGCUGAAGUUGUCAUGAAACUUACUGUGUAAACAACAAAAAACCAACAAAAAACUUUUGUUAGAGCUAGAGCAAGUUAAUUUUGUUUGAGCUACAGUGUGAUAAUUUUUAUUAGAGUUAGGCUAGAGUAAGGUACCUUUUGUUUCUUUGAGCUAGUAUAAGGUAUUUUUUUUGUUAGAGCUAGAGUAAGGUAUUUUUUUGUUAGAGCUAGAGUAGGUACUUUUGUUUGUUUCAGCUAGAGUAAAGUACCGGUACUUUAUGUUGAUCUUAGUGUUUACUAGGGCUUUGAAGCUCUGCCUGCUUGAAGUUACUUCUUAACGUUACUGCCUAAGGUACAUCAGUUAUUAACAAUUGUUGAAACUUUUUCAACUUUCAGAAUAUACAUUUAUCUAAUAUCUUUAUAUUAAAACUAGUCAUUAUUUUAAAAUUACCUUACCUAAUAUUUCUAGUGUUGAGUCGAAAAUUUUCAUUAAAAACUUUUUACUCUGUUAGGUUUGAAAAGAGAAAUCUCAGUCGAAGAUUCUCCAAAACCAGUGCACUACACCCCGAAGGCUCCAACAAGACGUAACUUAAUGAGAAUUAACUUAAAUACACUGACAACAUCUCCAGUAACAACUCACGAGUUGUCAACAACCCAUGCCAAUCAUUUAUUAAGCACAGAAUUGUUAAAUUCACCCACAACGUCUAUGGAACCGAUUGUUCAUCAAUUACAUGCCCCAUCCAUCGAGGCCAGUGACAGCAAUGACUUGGUCAUCGAUUUGGAAGAAGACAAUGAUCCUUCAGCAGCUGCAUCAGCUGUUAAGUCUGAGCCGUCAGACAGCCAUGUUUUGACAAGUUUUGAUCAACUUGAGAAGGGUCAGACAAAAAUUAAAUCUUCUAGCCAUUCCAAAAAUAUUUUCUCUCUAAUGAAUGAAAUGUAUUUGACCUCUGAACUCUGUACAAACGAUAAUGAGAAAACCCACCCUUUAUCAAAUCCUCCGGCCAUGUCUCAGGGAGCCGUGUCUCAGGGAGGCGCAAGUUCGCCAGAGCAUGCAGAAGAUAAAUACAUUGACUGGAAUUCAAAAAUUAAGAGUGCAUCUUUAAGCUCUGAGUUGAAAGAGAUCUUCAACACGUACUGUGUCAGGAAAAGCGAACGAGUUCAGGAAAGAAAGAAAAAGAACUCGCCUGAAAAUGGUGUUAUCAUUGCGGAUGACAACUCAGCGUCUGAAGAACUUUUAACAUUCCAUAAGUCAUCAGGGUGGACAUUCUCAUAUCCCAUAGGGGUGGAUCCAGGCCUUUAUAAAGCUUGCCCAGAGAUAAAUUACCUUUAUGGAGAAUGGAUGCAGUCGGCUAGAGGGUUUGAUUUCUAUGACAUGUCGUGUAAUCACGCAUCUCCCCGGGCUGACAGACGACCAACCACCUUAUUGAUAAAAGAGCUUAUUCUCCUCUUGCAGUGUUCAGAAGCUGUGGUCAGAGACAAGGCCAACUAUUACCUAAGGGAAUGGCUUGCACUGCACCCCCCUGUCACUCCAGAGACUAUCAAAUUAUACACAGAAGCCUUCAGCCUGAGCCCCAGCAACACAUUCCUCAUGGACACAAUCAAAUCUUGCAUGGAGAAACCAGAGCCUUUCAUCUCCGUCUGGCUUGUAGAGUUCUGUGUCUUGAUGUUUGAAAUCAAUUUCGACCACUGCCUCAGGCAAGGCGACAAAAAAAUUCUCCAAAGUAGCAUGAUAAUCAAGUGGCUCUGGAUAAGUCCACAUUCCGUCUUCCACAGUAGUUCAACCAGUCAACUGCUGAGACUCUUGGAGGAUGUCAUAACCAGCCCUGAGCCCAAUUUCCCUUUGUGUGUAGCUUUGUGCUCCCUUAUCAGUAUGGCAGCAGAAUGUGUGCGUCUCGCAAGUGUUCGGUGGAAUCCUGAAGAUCUUAACUUUGUUUCUGACCCCGCUUUAGCUCUCAGCCAUGAUCUGGCCAAAAAACUACAGCACUGCCUUAGUGUGAGGGGUUUUGACACGGCAGCCCUUGUUAUCAGUUCCGUUAAGCUCUGCUGGCUGAGGACUCUUGUGGUAGCUGUCAUUUUGUCAAGUUAUAACAACUACCUAAUCUCAGAAAGAAUCCAUGUCAACAAGAUUUCACUGUCCAGCAUUGUGUCUCAAUAUUUUUUCCUAGUGCCACCUCUUCAAGAGUGCAGUUUUACUGAGAGAUCUUUGAUGAAUGCAUCAAGUUCAAAUCACUCUGACAAAUCCAGUGCUUCCAGUCUGUCUGAUUCUAUCUGUCCUCCUCAAAAAAAUGGUCUGAUUAAUUCAAAGCAGAAGACAUUAAAAGUGAACAAAAGAAAUGGGCUCGGGGAAUCAGCAGUUCAUGUGGCCUGUAAGAGAAACAAUGUGGAAAAGUUGCAGCAGUUGUUGACGGUACCAGGUGUAGAUGUCAACCUAAAAGACAACAUAGGGUGGACGCCACUGCACGAGGCUUGCCAUCAUGGCAGCUACGACUGUGUCAUGCUGUUGCUCAAAUAUGUUCCCAACACAACCAUCAGCAGUGCUUUAGAGCAAGAGGAUUACACUGCCUGCAAGGUGGACCUAAAUGCUAUUGGACCUGAUGGUGUAACACCUUUGAUAGAUGCAGUUGAGAAGAACCACGUGGAAAUCUGCAGACAGCUGCUCAAGUAUGGGGGCCAACAACUGCUGAACGCCAAGAACACAGAAGGAUGGACAGCCCUGGACCUGGCCUACACAUCAGAGAUGCGGGAAGUACUGAAUGAUGUCACUCUGUCUGACUCAGUACUUGAACUUGAUCAAGGAAGCUCUGAGGAGACAUUUUCUCAGUCUGUGUGCAUUGACAUUCAGUCCAUCCAUGAAACUGCCCCACUAUCCUCCUUGUAUGAGGAAGUUAUAGGAGCCAAAUAUGUAUUUGAAAAAGACUGUGCAGAUUUCUUAUCGUUACUCACUUCCCUUGUCAGUUCAUAUUACAUGUCCAUGCCCUCACAUCCGUCGAACCACAGCCUGCAUGAGAGAGAUGCUUCUGUGCUGCGUAACAUGAAAGGUCACGUGAAGCUGUUAAAGAGGCAUAUAAAGAAGCUGACAAAACCAGAAGAUUAUAAAAGUUUAUUAUUCCAGGUUGAGCUUUUGGAAUUAGUUUGUCUUUCCAAGCUCUAAUUUUUCUUGUUAUUUUGUAUAUAAAACUACAUUCACUUAUAUUUAUACAAUACUUUUCAGACCAUUUAAUAAACUUACAUUUAAAAAAAAAAAAAAUAAACAAGUCAGGAAAAUUAAAAAAAUAUUUAUUACAUUUAUAAGUUUUAUUCUAAGAUUUUUAAGAUUGCUUUUGAUGAGCAUUAUAUUUAUAUUAUAUCCUCCAAAUAUUUGUAUUUUUAAAAAGACUUGUUACCCACCCUUGUUUAUCACCUUGUUGACCAAAUGUAUUUAGUUCAAUUCAUUUAUUUCCAAGUCAUGUGUAAAUAAAUACUGACUUCACUGGUGAAGCAGUUUGCUCAACUAUGUUCAACAAAAUUUGAUGUUAUUGAUCUUCAGUUGCCACCAAUGUCACAUUUAAAUGCCAAAAUCAGACUUAAGGUUGCCAUACCUUUUAUCAUUAAAUGUUAUCAUUUCAAAUUUAACCCUUGCCUAGUAAUUGUCUGUAUAGCUUCACAAUUCACUUUCAUAUUUAAAUUGGCUAAAUGCAGUGUAGUCCGUGACUUUGGAGUGUGAGAUCUUUUAAAUUAGAAAGAUGGAUGUCAAGAUUUUUGUAGAAAUUAAAUGAACAAACAGUAUUCUUUUUGACUUAACUUUAUUUUUUGUGUAGGGUAAUAAAAAGCAAAUGAGAUGUGAUUUCUUUUAAACAUUUAAAAAAAUGUUUUCCAAGGUAAAAUUAAAUUUUGUAUAAAGUCAUGAUUAAGGUCCUUAGGCCUACUGAUAAUUGGGUUCGAUUGUUUACCCAGCGUGGUGUUUAGUUCAAUUUAUUUCCAGGUCAUGUGUAAAUAAAUACUUCUUCAGAAUGAUAUAAAUUAACAUAUUUAUUAAAAUUUAUACAAUGGCAAUGGAAAUUAAGUUUUAAAUUUAAUUAAUUCUUUUUAAAAUAUUUGCGCCCA